GGCCGAGCGGUUGGCAGAGCGGACCUCGCCGCGGGCUGGACGGGGCGGCUUCGGAGGCCGGCCGGGCGGCUCGGCCCACACGGAGGCCCCGGCGUCCGCCUCCGCGGUGCCCUCGGAUCCGUCGACAUGAAUCCCGUCGUCGUGGUCCACGGUGGCGGAGCCGACAACGUCUCCGAGGACCGGAAGGAGCGAGUGCGCCGGGGGAUCGUCAGAGCCGCGACCGUGGGUUACAGCAUCCUCCAGGAGGGAGCGAGCGCCGUGGAUGCCGUGGAAGGAGCCGUGACCGUCCUGGAAGAUGAUCCCGAGUUCAACGCAGGUUGUGGAUCUGUCUUGAAUGUAAAUGGUGAAGUUGAAAUGGAUGCUAGUAUCAUGGAUGGAAAAGACCUGUCUGCAGGCGCAGUGUCUGCAGUCCGCUGUGUAGCAAAUCCCAUUAAACUUGCACGGCUUGUUAUGGAAAAGACACCUCAUUGCUUUCUGACUAACCAAGGUGCAGAAAAAUUUGCAGCAGCCAUGGGGAUUCCAGAGAUACCUGGAGAAAAGCUGGUGACAGAGAGAAACAAAAAGCACCUGGAGAAGGAGAAACGUGAGAAAGGUGCUCAGAAAUCAGACUGUAAAAAAAACUUGGGAACCGUGGGUGCUGUUGCCUUGGACCGCAAAGGAAACGUAGCUUAUGCAACCUCUACAGGCGGUAUCAUUAAUAAAAUGGUUGGCCGAGUUGGGGACACACCGUGUAUAGGAUCAGGAGGUUAUGCUGACAAUGACAUUGGAGCCAUUUCAACCACAGGGCACGGGGAAAGCAUCCUGAAGGUGAAUCUGGCCAGACUCACUCUCUUCCACAUAGAACAAGGAAAGACAUUAGAAGAGGCUGCUGACCUGUCAUUGGGUUAUAUGAAGUCAAGGCUCAAAGGUCUAGGUGGCCUCAUCUUGGUGAGCAAAACAGGAGACUGGGUGGUAAAGUGGACCUCUGCCUCCAUGCCUUGGGCAGCUGCGAAGGACGGCAAGCUGCAUUCUGGAAUUGAUCUUGAUGAAACCACUGUCACAGACCUGCCCUAAGCCUCUGUCAGAUUGUAUUCUAGAUGCUAGCCUGGAGGUGCAGUACAGCUUCCUGGCAUGGAGACGUAGCUUACUCAAUUAGAUCUAGAAAUGGAAAAAUUAUAGUCUGUCACUCAUUUUGUUGCCUUGAUCAAUAAGUAUCUGAAUGUUCGGCUGAGGGGCAGGUUCUGAAGUGAUAAGAAAAACUCCCGUGUUAAUAUCAGAAGAAGACUAGUGAGGAUGACAGCCUUUCUGUUGCACAGCCUCAUCAUGAUAGGUUAGAGAGCUGCCUCAGUCAGGGAGGGCCUUUCGGAAUUGGGAGCUGGGGCUUGAAAAGUGGAAGAUUUGAAAGUGAGACCUGAGCAGCAGCAGAGGAGCUGUGGGCAAGGCCCAGACAGCCUCCAAAUGUGGCAGGGUUUGUUUUUAGUCACAAGAACAUCAGGUAAAAGAAUGAAAAUCCUUUAAGGGCAAUGUUCUUCAUGUAUGAGAGGAUAAACUGAUUUUUCUAGGAAAGUUCAGAUCUUCUUUGACUUACUAAUAUAUGCAUGUUUCCAGAUACUUUCAAAGGACACUCUGGUAACUCAUGGCUCCCUAACCUGGAAACAGAGGGUCAGAAUGGACUCUGUGGGAUUCCUUGAAGUCUGAGGGGUUUUUUGGGUUCACAGAUGCGCCCCCUUACUUAGUAUUCUUUUACGAGCCAGCACAGUGGGCAGAGCCGGCCUCCGCCUGCCACAGACUCUCUGGUCCUCGUACAGAGAGUAACGGGGCUCAUGGUUUCUCCAGCCUCUCCAGCAACAGGGUGUCGCCAAGCAAUGUAGAGAAGACACCAUGACUUCAGGGGCUCUCAUGCUGUCCAGUGCUCUGGGACACACCAUGCCACGCCCCUCUCCCCCUCCCCCCAAAUUGGGUGUUGUACAAUGUGGUCAACAUGGUGGAGAAAGUAACUUCCUUAGUGGAGAGUAUUCCUACUGAUCUCUCAUGACACUGGAAAUGUUAUUUCUGCUGUGACAUACUGCUCGAUUUUUUAAUCUGUCAGGACUUUCCUUCUCUCUGGAAAUUGCUUCACUUUACAUUCCAUGUGCAAGAAUAAUAGUAUUUGCAAGAAUAAUAGUGUGGUUAGGAGUCACUGUUGACAAAGACUAGAAUGUACACGAGCUCUCCCCUUCAUCUCCCAAUUCAGACAGGUUACUAGAUAAAGAGGACUUUUCAGAUAAGGGUGGUGUGUGGGUGUGAUAAUACCUCCCGCCUCAUGGAUUUUAUUCAAGGGUUUUCCAGAAGAAUUGAGCUUUUUCUGAAUGGGUUAAGGAAGAAACUAAACCACCAUUUGCAAGUAUCAACAGGACUUAUGGAUCAGUCUUCUUGCAGUUUGCCAGUAUUCACUCGAGAUAGAAUCACACAGUUCUAGCUCUGAUCCCAAGACCCUCCCCGGGCUCACAUCAGCUGCUCUGGACUAAAGAGAAAGAGAUGGCACAGGGAGGCAGGACUGCUCCCCACCGCCCAGUGACCCUGGUUAAGUUGACAUUCAAGAAUUUUUCAUGAAUAAAAUAGAUUACUGGACUGGCCGGUUAGCUCAGUUGGUUAGGGCAUGGUGCUGAUAAAAUAGAUUAUUAUGAAGAUUAAAUGAACGUAAUAAAAAAAAAAAAAAACUCAGUUUUUUGUUUUUUAUCUUAAGGAUUCUAUGGACAAAUUUGGAAACUGCCCAGGCCCAAGAGGAAGUUUACGUGUUUAUGUCCUUGAAUACCUCAAUAUGUAACAACUGCCUCUUUAGAAAUAAGUCUUUUAUAAGAAAGUGUAUUCGUUUGCUAGGGCUGCCACAACAAAAUCUCAGACUGAGUGGCUUAACCAACAUUUAUUUUCUCAAUUCUGGAGGCUAGAAGUCCAAGAUCAAGAUGUCAACAGAUUUGGUUUCUCCUGAGACCUCUCUCCUUGGCUUAUAGAUGGUUGUCUUCUGUGUCCUCACAUGGUCUUUUCUCUGUACAUGCCCAUCUCUGGUGACCCUGCGUGUCUUAAUAUCCUCUUAUAUGGACAUCAGUCAGAUUGAAUUAGAGACCACCCUAACAGCCUUAUUUUAACUUAAUCAUUUCUUUAAAGGCCCUGUCUCCAAAAACAGUCACAUUCUGAAGUACUAGGGGGUAGGGCUUCAUGUGAAUUUGGGAGAAGACAGAAUUCAGCCCCUAACAGGAGGCAAAGCAGAAUCAUGGUAGGGAUUGAAAAGGGAAGAGACCCUCUGGAGAAGACAAGUCACUAAGUCAAUAAGGAGAAAGGCAGGGGUGGGGCGGGGGAGUAGGGAGGCAGUUGAAAGAUCUGAUUUUGAGUUUAUCUAAUCAGUUCUCCUGUUCACAAGGGAGGUAACUAGUUAUGAAAGACUGCUAGAGGCUUAGGUAGUAGCCACUUGACCUCUGUCUGGCUGCCAGGGUACUGGGGUACGAAGUCAUCAGCCCCUUUGUGCAAAGCCAAGGUAUAUAUUCUGUCCUCAGACCCAGGUUCUAUGAAAAGCCACCUCCACUAGCCUGGGAAUUCCAUAAGUGGAGAACAUGUGUGGUUCUCGCUUUUGCCCCCGCACAUUGCCUAGUGGCCUGCUCCCUGUGUGUCAAACAAAUAAAUGAGCAAGAUAUUAUCUGAAAGGGAAUGACAGUCUUUUUAUCACUUCUGUGCCACAAGAGGGCAGCAAACUGUAAAACAUCUGACGGUUUCAGUAGCUCAAAGAGGAGGUGAUUUAUCUUGACUCUGGAUCAGAACAGUCUGCUCAGAAAACUUGGAACCAGAAGAGAAUUCCUGACCUUCAUUUUUAUCUAAAUAGUACGAUUUAUUUUAGAGCAGAAUUGUCCAAAACACAAAUGCUAGCAAAUGCCCCUCAGGACCUGUCCGAAUCAUCAGCUGAAGCCCAGUGUGCACCCAGCCUGAUGCUGGAUGAAGGAUCCCAAGGUGAGCAAGGCCAGGCAGCUCAGCCCCUCCCUCGGUUGCUCCUUCUAGCCAGGAAGACAGAUAAAUUCUAAUUCGGCCUCUGCCCGCCAUAAUGGUAUAAUAACAAGGAGCACAUGAUGGGCCAGAGCCAAGGGCAAGUGUCCGCCCAAGCAGGAGAUGCUGUUAUCAGCCCCCUGUGCUGAGCUGCAGGGACGAGUCCCAGCUAAGGAAAGGCCUUAACCUUGUUGCACAAUAAACGUGUUUUUAAAAUAA